GAUUGGAGAAAGUAUUUCCCUGAUUCGUACUCGCACCUGUUUUAAAAAUUGACGUCAAAACUGCAAAAGUUGUUUCAGCUAUGGAUCUUCAUACAAUAACUUGCUCAGCAACUUUAGAGGAGUUGAAUGCUAAAGGUGAAACACUCAGAAAAAUGCAACAUAAGAAUGUAACAUUCACACUAGGCAGGAAUGAAUUCAGAGAUGUCAUAUUAUGCGUGAACUUUCCCAGUAAACGUGAAAUGAAGUACACUUUAAGAGAUGUAUUGGUGCACAAGAAAUUUGUUAAGGAUGGUAAAGCAACCAUUAAACUUACCACCGAUAACACACAGGUUAUGAUGUCAAACUGUGCUCCAGAUAAAUUGAUAAUGUUUUUAAAGACCAUGACAACAAAAUUAGAAUGCUUGAAAAAGAAAGGAUUUGUAAGUGAGAGGCUCAAAUGGAAGUCCGAUCUUCCAAGAACAUUUGAUGAAAUUAGUCCACUGACUAUGAGAGACCUGAAAGAAGCACAUGAGGCCAAAGCUAAGUUGGCAGAAAAGUGUGAUUUGUACACGCCGAAAGGAAAGCGGAAAAGAUGUGCCAGUGAUGAUAAGGAGAACCAGCAACCGCCAGCAAGUAAAAUGGCGAGGAAACUUAUCUGUAAUGAUGGGAAGGGCACAAUAGGAUUACAAGCUAGCAGUUUACCUGAGGCAAUCACAAAUCCUGUCAAGUUAACUAAGGAGCAGACAACGGUUCUAGAAAGUGUGAAAAGUGGACAGAACAUUUUCUUCACUGGUAGUGCAGGAACUGGAAAAUCUUUCCUUCUCAGAAGAAUUAUAGGUGCGUUACCACCCCAGCACACAUAUGCCACAGCUAGUACAGGAGUUGCUGCUUGUCAUAUAGGGGGAACAACUCUUCAUCAGUUUGCAGGUAUAGGAUCUGGUCAGGCAGCUAUAGAACAGUGUAUACAGCUGGCAUCCAGACAACAAGUGGCUCAACAGUGGAGAAAAUGUAAUCAUCUAAUCAUUGAUGAGAUUUCUAUGGUCGAUGGAGAUUUCUUCGAUAAACUAGAGACUGUGGCAAGGGUAAUCAAGAAGUCAGACAAACCAUUUGGUGGCAUACAGUUGAUCAUCUGUGGAGAUUUUCUACAGUUGCCACCAGUUACCAAAGGAUCUGAGAAACGGAAAUUCUGCUUUCAGUCGAAAUCCUGGAGUAAAGUUAUACAGCUGAAAUUAGAGUUAACAGUUGUUAAACGACAAUCAGACAGCAAGUUCAUUGAUAUUCUACAAAACAUUAGACUUGGAAGAUGUCCAGAUUAUGUAUACACAACAUUACGUGCUACAGCAAAGAACAACAUACAAAGGGAAGGAAUCCUAGCAACCCAGUUGUGUACACAUAAGGAAGAUGUCAACCAGAUCAACAACUUUCAGUUGAAAAAGCUAACAGGUCCGUCCAAGAGGUAUGAGGCGACGGACAGCGAAGAGGCAUACCUGAAACAGAUAAACUACCUCUGUCCUGUCCCCGCCACGCUGGAACUGACUGUUGGGGCACAGGUGAUGCUAGCCAAAAAUGUUGAUGUAUCCCAGGGACUGGUCAAUGGGGCUAGGGGUGUGGUUGUGGGAUUUGAAAAAGGAGGAGAAGGUUUACCGGUUGUGAAGUUUCUAUGUGGCCAGGAAGUGACUGUCAAACCUACAAGAUGGACAUUUAAAUUAGCUGGCGGUGUUUUCUUGAGUAGAAAGCAAGUUCCUCUCAAGCUUGCCUGGGCAAUAUCAAUACAUAAAAGUCAGGGUAUGACGCUGGACUGCGUGGAGAUCUCACUGUCUAAAGUAUUUGAAUCAGGCCAGUCAUACGUAGCACUCUCCCGUGCAAAGAACCUUGAAGGACUACGAGUACUAGAUUUCGACAAAAAAUGUGUUCGCUCGGAUCCAGAUGUACUGAAGUUCUACCAUAGAAUGUCAUUAAAACAGAAAAUGAUGGACGGAAGUAUAGAACAAGAAAGCGGCAUGAAGCGACCUAAACAUUGGUGAUGCCUGGAAGUUGUGAUAAAACUUUAAAAGCGUACAGUAUUAACAAAAGAUCUCAGUUUUUACUACAUAAACACACAGCUGCCAAAGCUCUGAGCUGGGCCAAAAAUACUCGGGAUAUGCCAGUAUUUUCACUGACAUUUUAUCAUUAAAACUUUAUUGCCAGUCAUUAUGUUUGAGAGAAAUCCUAAUCAUAAGGCAAGUCACAUUGUCUUACUUGCUAUUUUUGGUGAUGACAGAUGCAAAAUUGUGAUGGUUUUUAGUGGAAGUUGUUAGGGGCCAAUAGAGUGAAAUAUAGAAAACCUGUUUUACAACUUCUUCUCAUCAGAUCCUAGACGUAUCUUCAUCCUUUUGGUUUUUAGCAUCAUUAUAAUGUCCAUUCCCAGGUUUAUUAUGUCCCUUCAAAGAAGGAGGGGUAUAUUGUUUUGCAGAUGUCGGUGGGUUUUUAGUUCACCUGAGCAAUGCUCAUAGUGAGCUAUUAUGAUUAUGCUGUGUCAAUCAUGCGUCCGUCCAUCCAUCUGUUGUCAACAAUUUUGUUCAAAAGACAUCUCCUCCAAAACCACGGAAUGGAUUUUGAUGAAACUUGGCGUGGAUGUUCCUUGGAUGGUCCUCUACCAAAGUUGUUCAAACAGUUAUGCUUGGUUAUACAUAGGGGCCGCCAGAACUAUAAAUAUAAAAAUCUUCAAACAACAUCUUUUCCUAAACCGAUGGUCUGAUUUUAAAAUAAUUGCAAACAAAUGGUCCUUAUGUAAACCUCUACCAAAGUUGUUCAAAUUAUACCAAUUUGUCAAAAAACAUGGCCGCCAGGGGGUGUAGUCACUUUUCCUUAUAUGUAUAUAGUGGAAAUAAAAAAAAUCUUCAUGUGUGUAACUGCUAGCCUGAUCUUAAAAUAAUUUUACACAAAUGGUUCUUGAAUGACCCUCUACCAAGAUUUUUCAGAUUAUUUUGAUUCGUCAAAAAAACAUGGCAGCCAGUGGGUGUGGUCACUUUUCCCUGUAUGUAUAUAGUGGAAACUUUAAAAAUCUUGUGUGAAACUGCUGGCUCGAUUUUAGAAUAAUGGAGAGCAAUAGGGGCAAUAUAAGAACCUUUAAAAGACUUCACAUAAACAGCUUGACGGAUCUUUAUCAAACUUGGUCGGUAGCAUGACAGGAAAUUUUUUCAAAUGUAGGCACAUGGCCAUUCUUAUGCCCCCGAAGGGAAGCAUAUUAGUUUUCAACUGUCCUUCUGUUUGUUCGUUCGUUCCUCACAACGUUAAUUUUUGCAUGAAGGCACUUUACUCGCGAACCACUACACCUAGGACAUUCAGACUUCACAUGCUGAUAGUACUUAUUGAGUACACGACCCCUACUGACUUUGGGGUCACCAGGUCAAAGGUCAAGGUGCUGCGGAGGCAUUUGUCACCAUUAGUGACAGCUCUUGUUAGAGAUCCUAAAAGGGGCCCUUUAGAGCUAAAAAUAGAAAUACCCCUUAAACAACUUUUUCUAAUGUAUAGCUUAAUGGAUCUUUAUCAGUCUUGAUCUGUUGCACCAUUACAUUGUCCUUUCCCAAAUUUGUUCAAAUAGGGGCACUUGGCCAUCUUAGGAGGCAGGUAGCAUUAAAAAUAGAAAUAGUACAUGUUGUCACGGAGGUCACAAAACUAUGUAAUCCUUCAGAUUGCACAACUUACUGCAUAGUGAUCAGCACCAGUUUGCACUCCCUUUGUAACUAUUUUAGCUCACCCUAGCAUGAAGUGCUCAAGGUAAGCUAUUGUGACCAGUCAUUGUCUGGCAUUGUGUGUCAUCUGUCAUAAUUUGCCAUGUUAACACUCUUAGAGGCCACAGUUUUACCCAAAUUUUAUGAACCUUGGUCAGAAUGUUUGUCUUGUUGAUCUUAAGGUCAGUUUAGAAACAGGGUCAUGUUGGGUCAAAAACAAGGUCAGUAGACCAGAUCAAAGUAAAAUCUUGUAAACAUUAUAUAGAGUCCACAGUUUAAGUUUGAAACUCAGAAUUCAGGUCAGAAUGUUUGUCUUGAUGUCCUCUAGGUCAAGUUUGAAUCUGCCAUCAGCAGUGUUAAAAAUCUUGCUAUUUCGCUUUGUCGCCUUGUUGCCCGGACCAAAGCGACAACGCUCCAAAAGAAAAAAUCUUGCCUUUUUAUGCCCCCCUUCCCCCAUGAGUGUUGAGGGCAUAUAGAUUUACUCUUUUCUGUCUGUACGUCCAUCCCAAGUUUGUGACACGCCAAGCUCAAAAAGUAUUUGAUAUAAAUUGAUGAAACCUUGCAUGAGUCUUUAUCAUGAUAUGAACUUGAGCACCUCCUAUUUUUCAACUGGCUCCGCCCCCUAUUUUUAGACUUAUGGCCCCUGAAAUAGCCAAAAAUGCACAUUUUCACCUUGUGACACGCCUAGCUCAAAUAGUAUUUGGUGUAGAUUCAAAUGAAACCUUGUAUGAUUCUUAAUAAUGAUAUGAACUUGCCCACCUUUUUCAUUUGGGUCCGCCUCCUAUUUCCAGAGUUAUUGCCCCUGAAAUAGUCAAAAAUGCACAUUGUCACCUUGUGACGCGCCUUACUCAAAAUGUAUUAUUAUAUAAACUGAUUAAACCUUGCAUGAGUCUUUAUCAUGAUGUGAACUUGUGCACUUACUAUUUUUUAUCUGCCUCUGCCCCCUAUUUUCAGAGUUACGGUCCCUAAAAUUGUCAAAAAUGCACAUUUUCACCUUAUGACGCACCUAGCUCAAAAAUUAUAUAAAAAGAUGAAACCUUGAAAUGGAUGUGACCUUGCACACUUGGCAUUCUCCUUGAGAAUUUUAGCGUUUAUUACAGAGUUAUGGCUCUUGAAAUAGCCAAAAUAGUGAAUUUUUUGUUUGUGAUGCUUAUAGCUCAAAAAGUUUAUGGUAUAGAAUAAUGAAUCCUUUUCAUAUUUUUUUAUGCCCCCGAAGGGAGGCAUAUAGUUUUUGAACCGUCUGUCUGUCUGUCCGCAAUUUUUGUGUCCGGUCCAUAUCUUUGUCAUCGAUGAAUGUAUUUUCAAAUAACUUGGCAUGAAUGUGUACCACAGUAAGACGACUUGUCGCGCGCAAGACCCAGGUCCGUAGCUCAAGGGUCAAGGUCACACUUAGACAUUAAAGGAUAGUGCAUUGAUGGGCGUGUCUGGUCCAUAUCUUUGUCAUCAAUGGAUGGAUUUUCAAAUAACUUGGCAUGAAUGUGUACCACAGUAAGACGAAGUGUCGCGCACAAGACCCAGGUCCGUAGCUCAAAGGUCAAGGUCACACUUAGACAUUAAAGGAUAGUGUGUUGAUGGGCGUGUCCGGUCCAUAUCUUUGUCAUCGAUGGAUGGAUUUUCAAAUAACUUGGCAUAAAUAUGUACCACAGUAAGACAACGUGUCGCGCGCAAGACCCAAAUCCGUAGCUCAUAGGUCAAGGUCACACUUAGACAUUAAAGGAUAGUGCAUUGAUGGGCGUGUCCGGCCCAUAUCUUUGUCAUCGAUGGAUGGAUUUUCAAAUAACUUGGCAUGAAUGUGUACCACAGUAAGACGACGUGUCGUGAGCAAGACCCAGGUUCGUAGCUCAAAGGUCAAGGUCACACUUAGACGUUAAAGGUCAUUUUUCAUGAUAGUGCAUUGAUGGGCAUGUCCGGUCCAUAUCAUUGUCAUUCUAGCAUGGAUUUUAAAAUAACUAUGCAUGAAUGUGUGACACAGUAAGACGACGUGUCGCGCACAAGACCCAGCUCCGUAGAUCAAAGGUCUUAAACUCUAACAUCAGCCAUAACUAUUCAUUCAAAGUGCCAUUGGGGGCAUGUGUCAUCCUAUGGAGACAGCUCUUGUUUUUGAGGCUAUACCCCAUUAAGACUGCAAACAUAUAAAUUAUUUCCCCUUAUUUGUGACAUAUGUACCAGUGGGGAACACACCCUGUGUCCUACAGACACAUUCUAGUUACUUUGUCGCCUUCAUGUAGCGCAUAUGCGCAUCAUUAUUAUAAGAUUUGACAGAAUGUAUAUUUUAUACAAGGUAUGCGCUACAGGAAGGCGACAGCAAAGAGGCAAGAUUUCUGGUAUUUGCAGGUCGUUGCCUUUUCGCUUUGUCACAGGCGAAAAGUUGAGAUUUUAAAUCUUGCUAUUUCACCUUUUUGCAUUGUGGUUUUUCACUUGUCGUGUUCUCAAUCUCACCCUGGCACCAGGGACAAAGUGAAAAGGCAACAACAUGCAAUAUCCAAAAUUUCACCUUUACCAACAAAGAGAAAAGGCAAAGUUGGCAGAAAUCAGCCACCAUAUGGAGACCAAUGACAUUGAUUUGUGUACAAUCUGUUUAACAACUGGAAAAGAUGUAUAAAAUUACACUAAUUCAUUAAAUAAGAAAAUCUAACCGUGCACUAAAUAAAAGCAAUUUGACCAUUGGUUGUGAAAGAUAAUCAUUCUGUGUUCAAUGAAUUUAAAUAUAUGCUGUUUUUACCUUUCAACAGAAACAGGGUGUUAUGGAAUGUGUGUGCUAUAUUGAUGAGAAGUCAUAUUGCUCAGUGGCAAACUGAUCUAAAUAGAGCGAUAGGUGUUAAUUGUACCCCCCAACAACAAAGUUGUAAGGGGGGGUAUACUGGUUUCAGGUUGUCUGUCUGUCUGUCUGUCUGUCUGUCUGUCUGUCUGUCUGUCCGUCCGUCCGUCUGUCCAUCUGUCGGUCUGUCUGUCUGUCUGUCCGUAGACACAAUCUUGUGCACACCUUCUCUCCUCUUGACAUCUUGACACAAUUUAAUGAAACUUCACACAAGUGAUCAGUAACAACAGUAGUUGUGCAUGGGGCAUGUUAGGUUCUUUCAGAAAAAAAAUUGCAGAGUUAUUGGUUAUGGGGCUUUGUUUUUUGUUACUAUACUAUAUACAUAGACACAGUUUUGUGCGCACCAUCUCUCCUCAUCCCCUUGACACAAUUUAAUGAAACUUCACACAAGUGAUCAGUAACAACAGUAGUUGUGCAUGGGGCAUGUUAGGUUCUUUCAGAAAAAAAAUUUGCAGAGUUAUGGGACUUUGUUUUUUUUACUAUACUAUAUACAUAGACACAAUCUUGUGCGCACCAUCUCUCCUCAUCCCCUUGACACAAUUUAAUGAAACUUCACACAAGUGAUCAGUAACAACAUUAGUUGUGCAUGGGGCAUGUUAGGUUCUUUCAGAAAAAAAAUUUGCAGAGUGAUGGGUGUUUGUUUUUUGUUACUAUACUAUAUACAAAGACACAAUCUUGUGCGCACUAUCUCUCCUCAUCCCCUUGACACAAUUUAAUGAAACUUCACACAAGUGAUCAGUAACAACACUAGUUGUGCAUGGGGCAUGUUAGGUUCUUUCAACGACAAAAAUUGCAGAGUUAUGGGACUUUGUUUCUUGUUAACAUACUAUGUACAUACAGUCUGCAUAUUGAGGGCUGAGCGCGAAACUAUUGUAUCUUGUUCUUUAUUUAUAUACAGUUACAACAGUUUCGCGCUCAGCCCACGAAUUAUUAUUAUGCAAUCUUGUGCGCGCCUAAUCUUCCGAACCCUUGCACACAAUUUAAUGAAACUUCACACUAGUGAUCAGUACCAACCAUAGUUGUGCAUGGUGCAUGUUACGUUCUUUUAGAUAAAUAUUCUGCAUAGUUAUGGGACUUUGUUUUUUGUUACUAUACUGUAUACAUACAGUCUAUAUACAUACAGUCCACAUAAUUAUGCAAUCUUUUGUGCGUCAAAUUGCAAUGUAUUGUGUCGGUGCAUGCGGGGGGUACAUUCAUCACCUUUAGUGAUAGCUCUAGUUGCACUUGUCAUGAUAAACUAGGUUAUUUUAGAAUAGUUAAAUUGCUAAGCUAUGUUAUGUUGUAAGUUACCAUUUUGUCAUAAGUCUGCACUUUCCAAAUGAAAAUAUAGGGAUGCACCCCAAAGAAUUAUUGAAACUCAGGGCUUUUUCAGUGUGUCCCACGGGGCCGAAAUUCGGCCCCAUUCCCAAUGGCAAAUAUGCAUAUUUUUUCCCAAUAGCUGUUCAAAAAUUCCCAAUCAAAGCAAAAAAAAAAAAAAAUUUUUUUUUUUUUUAGACCUAUUUUGUUGCAAAUUAUAGUGGUGCAACCAUUGUAUUGUAGAUUUUAUUGAAUUUUCAGCUUGAAUUUGAAUAUAAAGCAGUUUCCUUUUAUGAAUAUUAGCAGUAGAAAUCACAGAAAUACACUAAGGAAAAAAAAAGGACUGAUUUUCAUGGAAAUACUUUCCUAAUUUGGAUGUUUAACCGUACAUAUAUUUCCCAAUAUGACAGUAUUCGCGAGUCGAAAAUUCCCAAAAAUCACAGGGGCCUUUUUCCCAAAAUGGCCAGAAAAAGCCCUGAAACUGGACGGUAUGUUAACAACUAUCUGAAAGAACAGUUGUCUGUUCUGUGUAGACUGUGUUGACUCGGAGACAGAAACAAAUGCCCUUUAUACGUUUUCUAGCAAGAUGUCUGUGAGAAUGUUCAUUUAUUUGUAGAAAAUGCAUUUGAUGGUAUGUGUGAUGAUGUUUUCUCACCCAAACAUGGUAAGGAUCUAGGCAAGAACCUGCUGUGAUAUAUUAAAACUUAGAAAUAACACCUCAUAUAGUAAAAAUAUUCUGUAAGUAGUUAUACUUAAAAAUGAUAGCAGUUUUUACAGCAAUGGUAUAAACUUUAAAGGACCAUAAUGCUUUAAAUUUUUAUCUUAAAAACAGAUGAAACAGCUUUCCAAAUAGAUAUUAUGCAUACAUACAUGGUUAGAAAAGCACUACUUCUAAAUAUUGCACAUGAACUGUCAUAGUUAGAGCAUUCAGGGAGGUAUUAAUAAAAAACAUUAGAUCCAAUAAGACAUUCUAGUAUAUUCAGCAAUAUUUAAACCUUUGACAAAUGUUAAAGAAAUUAAUUAUCAGAAAUAGGAUUUAACAAGAAAUUAGUGUACUUUAUGUUUAUAAUGGAAAAUGUGUGAGCCACAUUUUGAACAAAGGCAUUAUGAGCCCUUAAAGUAAAUUGUGAAACAUCUUAGUGUCUAUUCAGAUACUUAUAAUAAUAAUAAUUUGUGCAUUCAGUAAUAGUCCUGAACUGGUAAUGGUACAUGUUAUUAAUCUUCAAUCUGACAUACACACUGUAUGAUUGUAUGGAUGUCAUUUCUGUAUAAAAAAAUAAACAUUUUAAUUAUUUAAUUUAUAUUUGUGUAAUUUGUAACUUGGUAUAUCUUACAUACUUGCAAUGUUUGUUGGAUAUUCUGUUAUUUUAAUAUGUUUUAUAUGUUACAUGGAUUAGUCUCAAAUGAUUUUUACAGAAUGGCUAUAUACAUAUUUAUUUGUUUAUAACGUAUAUGGAUGAGACUGAAAUGAAUAAAUAAAAUACAAUAAUCUACAGUGUACUGUCUGAUACAAAAUUUACGACAUUUCUUACAAACAUGUUUGUCUCAUUCCGAUUAGUGGAGGUAAUCUUUUAUGAUGUAUAACAUUAUUCUCAAAACAUUUGUGUUCAAUUAUUAAUAAUUUAUAUUAACAAGCACUUUUCUUCAGUGUUUAGGUCUCACCCUUGUGUCAUUGGCUGCAUAAGUUUUUGAAUGUAAGCUGGUAUUUCAGUAACCACUUGUGGGAAUGGAUUGAAACUUCACACACUUAUUCACUGUGAAAUAUUGAUUUACACUGCACAGGUUCAAUAACUGUAUUUUGAUAUUUUACAAAAUUAUUCCCCUUUUUCAACAUUGCAUUUUUGAGGUUAAGUGUUUGUAUGUAAGCUGGAAUCUCAGUUACUGUACCCACUAAUGGUAAUAGAUUAAAACUUCACACAUUUGUUCACUGUCAUGAUCUUACAUGCAGUGCACAGGUUUCAUGAUUCUACUUUGCAUUUUUAUAAAAUGAUUCCCCUUUUUUGACUAAGCAGUUUUUGGCUAACUUUUUGUAUGUAAGCCGGUAUCUCAGUACCCACUAAUGGGAAUGGAUUGAAACUUCACACACUUGUUCACUGUCAUGGGGUGAUAUGCAUUGUACAGGUUUCAUAACCCAGUUUUGCAUUUUUGCAAAAUUAUGCCUCUUUUUCAACUGUACAUUAAUCAGUUGACAAGGCUGUUGAUUAGUAAAGCAUUGCUGUUGUUAAUUGAAGUU